AUGUGAAAGAUGGGUUCAUCGUCGUCGGAGACAAAGUUCCUGCAAGAACUGAUUUUGUACGCUGCCAGCGCCGCCCUUAGUUGCUUGGUCCUCUUCGCGGGGCUCCGACACCUCGACCCGAACCGGGAGGCUUCUAAAAAGGCACUCGAGCAGAAGAAGGAAAUUGCCAAGCGCUUGGGUCGUCCUUUAAUUCACACCAAUCCUUACGAGGAUGUAAUAGCAUGUGAUGUGAUAAAUCCUGAUCACAUUGAUGUGGAAUUUGAGUCUAUUGGAGGAUUAGAAUCCAUCAAGCAGGCUCUCUACGAACUAGUGAUUCUUCCAUUACGGAGACCUGAGCUGUUUGCACAUGGAAAGCUUCUUGGUCCUCAAAAAGGGGUUUUGUUAUAUGGACCCCCGGGUACUGGAAAGACCAUGCUUGCUAAAGCCAUAGCAAAGGAGUCUGGAGCUGUUUUUAUAAAUGUGAGGAUUUCAAAUCUGAUGAGCAAGUGGUUUGGUGAUGCACAGAAACUUGUGGCCGCUGUGUUUAGCUUGGCUUAUAAACUCGAGCCCGCUAUUAUAUUCAUUGAUGAGGUUGACAGUUUUUUAGGACAGCGUCGUAAUACAGAUCAUGAAGCAAUGACAAACAUGAAGACUGAGUUCAUGGCUUUAUGGGAUGGUUUUACUACUGAUCAGAAUGCACGAGUUAUGGUUCUUGCUGCAACGAAUCGUCCUUCAGAACUAGAUGAAGCCAUACUCAGGCGUCUUCCCCAGGCUUUCGAGAUUGGAAUACCUGAUCGCAGGGAGAGGGCUGAGAUACUGAAGGUGAUUUUGAAGGGUGAGAAGGUUGAAGAAAGCAUCAACUUUGACUACAUAGCGAGUUUGUGUGAAGGGUACACAGGUUCAGAUCUUCUUGAACUCUGCAAGAAAGCAGCAUACUUUCCUAUCAGGGACUUACUAGAUGAUGAGAAGAAAGGAAAGCCGUCUGGAGCUCCAAGGCCAUUAUCACAGACUGAUUUGGAGAAAGUACUUUCCACAUCAAGGAAGACCGGGUCUGCUGCAAAUGAAUAUAGCAGGUUAAGUUCACAGUUAUCUGGAUGGUCAAGGCAGAAAGAAUCAGAUGAUUAUCAGGUUCAAGCUGCAAUCAAUGAACUCUCCAAGCUUGUAGUUUCUCAAAUUGUUAACCUUCAAUCAGAUUCGCAGGAUGCCUGAAAUUCUCAUCUCUAUAACUCAGAUUAUGGUGCGCAGUCUGGUGUUCUGUAAUACUAUGCUUGGAAAAUUAGAUUCUUUUUCCUGGCAAAGCAUUUAUUAACAUUUGAGGUGACAUCUUAUGUAAAGCUUGUGAUGGCAGCUUUGAAACAAUAAGAACUGUUAUAGUUACUAAGUUAUUCAUUUAAAGUAACUUUCAAUUUGCCUUUGGGUGCCUGGGCUCCAAUUUUUUCCCCCCCCAUAAUUUUAGAUGCAGCAAUGCCAAUGGAGCUUGCGAAAGUUAGCGAGUGAAAUCUUUUGGUUGUAAUAUUUUAGAAACUCUGUUGAUACAGUUUAAUGGGGAUGUUAUGUGGUGGACCACUGUUAAGACUGGUUUGGUGUUCUAUUGUGCUUUUUGUUGCUUGA